AGAAGAUAAAGAGUUUUCAGUUACUGAAGUGAGUGGCCAUCCGAUGAAAAACGAUUGGGCACAUUUUAAAGGGGAUCGGAUGAAGAUAGCAAAAAUGUUAGACUUUAAUGAACCAAUUUGA